CAUCUGGCGCCGCGUCUGCCCCGCUUGCCCGGAGCGGAUUCUGCCCGCUGCCCCUGGAGCCCUCGGCGCCCGCACUGAACCGCGAUCGCGUCCUCCCUGUGAUCCACCGGCGCUGCAGCUCAGAGCCUGGCAAUGCCGUUUGGUUGUGUGACUCUGGGAGACAAAAAGAACUAUAACCAGCCGUCGGAGGUGACUGACAGAUAUGACUUGGGACAGGUCAUCAAAACUGAGGAGUUCUGUGAGAUCUUCCGGGCCAAGGACAAGACGACAGGCAAGCUGCACACCUGCAAGAAGUUCCAGAAGCGGGACGGCCGCAAGGUGCGGAAGGCGGCCAAGAACGAGAUCGGCAUUCUCAAGAUGGUGAAACAUCCCAACAUCUUGCAAUUGGUGGAUGUGUUUGUGACCCGCAAGGAGUACUUCAUCUUCCUGGAGCUGGCCACGGGGAGGGAGGUGUUUGACUGGAUCCUGGACCAGGGCUACUACUCGGAACGGGACACGAGCAACGUAGUACGGCAGGUCCUGGAGGCCGUGGCCUACCUGCACUCACUCAAGAUCGUGCACAGGAACCUCAAGCUGGAGAACCUGGUUUAUUACAACAGGCUGAAGAACUCAAAGAUUGUCAUCAGCGACUUCCACCUGGCUAAGCUAGAGAAUGGCCUCAUCAAGGAGCCCUGUGGGACCCCCGAGUACCUGGCCCCAGAGGUGGUAGGCCGGCAGCGGUACGGACGCCCUGUGGACUGCUGGGCCAUUGGAGUCAUCAUGUACAUUCUGCUUUCAGGGAACCCGCCUUUCUAUGAGGAGGUAGAGGAAGAUGACUAUGAGAACCACGACAAGAAUCUCUUCCGCAAGAUCCUGGCUGGCGACUAUGAAUUUGACUCACCGUACUGGGAUGACAUUUCACAGGCGGCCAAAGACCUGGUCACAAGGCUGAUGGAGGUGGAGCAAGACCAGCGGAUCACUGCGGAAGAGGCCAUCUCCCAUGAGUGGGUUUCUGGCAAUGCUGCUUCUGAUAAGAACAUCAAGGAUGGUGUCUGUGCCCAGAUUGAAAAGAACUUUGCCAGGGCUAAGUGGAAGAAAGCUGUCCGAGUGACCACUCUCAUGAAGCGGCUCCGAGCGCCAGAGCAGUCCAGCACAGCGGCAGCCCAGUCUGCCCCUGCCACAGACACUGCCACUCCUGGGGCUGCAGGUGGGGCCACAGCUGCAAGUGGAGCUGCCCCAGCCCUUGGGGGCAGUGCCACCUCAGCCACAGCAGGUGACGCUGCUCUUGCUGUAAAGAGUGAUAGUGUAGUCCCAGCAGACCGUAGUGUCACCCCAGCCACAGAUGGCAGUGCCACCCCAGCCACUGAUGGGAGUGUCACCCCAGCCACUGAUGGGAGCAUCACCCCAGCCACUGAUGGGAGCGUCACCCCAGCCACUGACAGGAGUGCUACUCCAGCCACUGAUGGGAGAGCCACGCCAGCCACAGAAGAGAGCACUGUGCCCACUAGCCAAAGCAGUGCCACCCCUGAGCUGGCUUUGGCCCAGCUGGACAGCACAGCCCCAGGGGGUGCAACAGGCCGGGCUCCACCCUCUAGUAAAGGGGAAGAGGCUGCUGGCUCUGCUGAGUCUCGGAGGGAGGAGACCAGCUGAGUGGGCAGGCUGGGGGGGUGGGGAACAGGCAGGAGGGUGGGAGAGUAGAUGAGGGGCUUUUCGCUGUACAUAGAGUCACUGGCAUGAUGCCCUCGCUCCCCUACCCCAGCCCCUGCCUCUCAAUGUGGGGCAUGUCUGGGGGCCACGGGAGAGCAGUCUCAUCUCCUGUGUGUAUGUGUGUGAGUGGUAGGCAAGCCAGAGGCAGGACCAGCCCCAGCCCCUGCAUGGAUUCCUCGUGGCUUUUCUGUCUUUUGCUAGCUUCACCAGUUUUGUUCCUGUGGGAUGCUGCUCUAGGGAUACUCAGGAGGUCCCUGCUCCCCUUCCCUUCUGCCUCACAAUUCCCCCAGGCAGGCCCUGCAGGUCCCAUUCUCUCCCAGGCCCUAAACUUGGGUGGCCUUGCCCUGAGAGCUGG